UGCAGCCUUAAAGCACUGAAAGGAAAGUUUCUUCUGGGGUCUGUGGAAAUCUAGAUCAAAAGAAAAGUGAAAGUCCACAUUUUUUUUUAAGCCGGAUCCAAUGGCUGCUGAAAGCCCUAUGGAAAAGCAUUUAUUGGAAGCAAGUUGCUCCAUUUGCUGGGAAUUUUUCAAGGACCCCAUAAUUCUUGACUGUGAGCAUAUUUUCUGCCAAGAUUGCAUUAUGAAGUGCUGGAAACCGUCUCUAACCAAACUUGCUUGUCCUCAGUGCAAGGAGAUGGUUUCUCAAGAGGGCUUCAGCCCAAGCCAACAACUGGACAAUGCCAUUAGAUUACGAAAGCAACUAAGAGAUCAGGCAGGAGGAGAGACCAAAUGUUGUCAGCAACAUCAGGCGCGCUUGGAGCUCUUCUGUAAGAAUGACCAGGUCUUUGUCUGCUCAGUUUGUCGUGGAUCUGAGGAGCACCAGGCUCACACUGUCAUCCCUGUGGAGAAAGCUGCUCUGGAGUUCAAGGAACUGUUUUGCUGUUGCCUGAAUGUUCUGAAGAAGGAAAGAAAUGAGAUUUUGAAAUUUCAGUCCAACAUGAAAUAUGAAUGCCAAAGUCUGUUGGAGCAAAUAGAAACGGACAAAGAAACUGUGAAAGCUGAUUUUGAGGAACUGCACCAGUUUCUUGAGGUACAAGAGGACUUUCUGCUGACUAGGAUGGAGGAGGUGGAAAAGAAGAUUGUACAGAAGAGAAAGGAGAAUGUUGACCAGCUCUCCGUGGAGCUCUGCUCCCUUGAGACCAUCAUCUGGGAAUUGCAGGAGAAGUGCCAACAACCAGUAAAUGAACUCCUACAAGUAAGACAUCAGGGCAGAGGUGGGCAAGAGUUCUCACAUCUGACCUUAGGCAGCAUUCCUUGGAGGAAGAGUGGGCAUCAACUUCCAAAAUUUAGGGAGUGUGAGAGAUGAUGUGAGUUGGUUU